GUGAGGCCUCCCCCCGUGGGGGACUUUCCUUCUUACCCUAACGGCAUGAUUGACCACAUAUGCCUCCAAACGACUCGUGGGCCACGGUUCAGCUUUCUGACUCACAGGCAGUGGCGCUGACGUCCUCCCCAGGAGAGACGCAGAGCUACCAUCUCGGCUCACGCGCGACUCUCCGGCUCCAGUUAGGACCUGCUGGCCCCAGCCCACUACUUUCACACAUAAAAGGCUGUUCUUGCGUAAAUUAGUUUAAUAGCCACUCAGUCUGUAUUAUCUCAGGAGAAAAGAAUGCAAAACAAUGAGCUUCCCAGCAAACAAAUGUGAGUUUACUGCAUGAAAUACACAGAGGUGAUCUGAAAUAUAUUUCUAACAAAAUACAGAGAAAUGAGAGCAUUUCAGUAAUGUUGAUUCAGUCUUAAAAAUACAGAGAUAAAAUAGUUGCCUUUGCCGACAUAUAAUACUGUUUUUUUUUAAGAAAAAAUCGUAAAAGAGACUUGUGCCAAAGUUUAGGCACAUGCCAAUACAAGCCAGUCUUUUUGCACUGAAAUUAACUGAAGCAUGGAAACACACGUUAGAGUAUUAACCACAUCAAAGCCUCAUGCAAAUUUCAACAAUAUACACGCGGAGGAAGGAAAGCGGUGCUAAAAGACAAAAGGCCUCCAAGCAUGUAGUGUCUCAGUGCUGUGUGGUCCCGGCCGGCUUCCCCUUCCCCUGUCCUGAGCCUAUGAGCUGGCUGGGGGCCUCUCUUUCAACACACCCCGGGCUUUAAAAGGGCCAGGCUGGAGGUCUGUGGAGGCACUCGUGUCCUGCGCAGCUGUAGGAGGGCUCUCAGAAGCGAUGCAGUCGGCGCAGAGCUGCCGCCCCGAUCGGCUUCUCCUGCUUUGCGUCCUGCUCGUUGUCCCCAGCAACGUGCAGCUCACAGAUACCCAGGAGAGAGAACCAGCUUACUGGAAUGCCCAGGCCAGGGAGACCCUACAGGCUGCGCUGAAGUUGCGUCCACUGGACCAUCGCGCUAAGAACAUCAUCUUAUUCUUGGGGGAUGGGAUGGGGGUGUCUACCGUGUCAGCGGCACGCAUUCUGCGGGGGCAGAUGGAGGGUCACUCAGGGGAGGAGACGUUGCUGGCCAUGGAUACCUUUCCGUACCUCGCCCUGUCCAAGACAUACAGCGUGGACAAGCAGGUAGCGGACAGCGCGAGCACAGCCACUGCCUACCACUGUGGCAUCAAGGCCAACGCCAAGACAGUGGGUCUCAGCGCUGCCGCUGUGCCAUACCAGUGCAACUCGACCUUCGGCAAUGAGGUGCAGUCCGUGCUGCACCGCGCCAAAGCGCAAGGCAAAUCGGUGGGCAUCGUGACCACCACGCGCGUCCAGCACGCCUCGCCGGCGGCUGCCUACGCCCACUCAGUGAGCCGCAGCUGGUACAGCGACUCCGACAUGCCCUCCAGCGCCCGGCGGCAAGGCUGCACGGACAUCGCCACGCAGCUGGUCACCAAUACUGACAUUGAUGUGAUCCUGGGUGGGGGUCGCAUGUACAUGACCCCAAAGGGGACACCUGACCCUGAGUACCCUACCUCCACCUCCCGCCAAGGGGACCGAAAGGACAAAAAGGACCUGAUAGAUGCUUGGCUGAAGGCCAGACAGUCAAGGAAUGCACAGUAUGUUUGGCACAAGGAGCAGUUUGAUGCCGUGGAUGUGACAUCCACGGACAACCUCAUGGGCUUGUUUGAGCCUAAGGACAUGAAGUUUGAGCUGUUCCGAAACAGCACACGAGACCCGUCCAUUGUCGAUAUGACAGAGAAAGCCAUUCAGAUCCUCCGCAAGAACCCGAAAGGCUUCUUCCUCUUUGUGGAAGAUAAAGGGAGAAUCGACCAUGGGCAUCAUGACGGUAUCGCUAAGCUAGCCUUGACUGAGGUGGUGAUGUUCGACCGUGCAGUGAAGAUCGCCUCCCAGCUGACAGACGAGUCCAACACCCUGACCAUUGUCACUGCUGACCACUCUCAUGUCUUCACAUUUGGAGGAAAUACCCCCCGUGGAAAUCCAAUAUUUGGUCUUGCACCCAAGAACGCAGAUGACAUGAUGCCCUUCACCAGCAUACUGUAUGCUAAUGGACCAGGGUACACGCACAUCAAUGGGACACGAGCGAACAUCACAGCAGUGGAUUACUUGGAUGAGGAGUACAUGCAGCAGGCUGCGGUCCCCUUGGACUCCGAGACACAUGGUGGAGAGGAUGUGACCAUAUACGCCAAGGGCCCCAUGGCCCAUCUCAUCCAUGGGGUGAAGGAGCAAAACUACAUUGCCCACGUGCUGGCCUACGCAGCCUGCCUGGAGCCCUAUGCUGACUGCCCCUCUGACUCGGUGAGCCCCAGCGGGGCUGAACCUUUACACCCCAAGUUGCUCUUGUGCUUAGCUGCCAUAAUGUGGCUUGUGCCUACAUGACAUCGGCUACCAUCGUCCCCCUCCCAGAGACAGUGCCUUCAGCGCACCAUCCAAAAACUCCUGGAGGUAAUCAACAUACUCGAUGGAGAGUAUUACUCAGGAAAGUGACUUGAUCCAUUCUGUUUCCUCAUAACUCUUGAAUUGUUCUGAUUUCUGCAAGAUACCAAGCAUUUUUAUAGUUACAUGAUGUUUAUGAUAUUUUUCAGACCAACGUUAUCACAUGGGAGACAUACAGACAUUAAUAAUAAUGAAUGUUUAAGAAAUAAUGAAUGUUUAAGUUGUUGAAAUUUAUAAAUAUCACUUUAAUAGAUAUUGAAACACAACCUGUACAUCAGAAUGUAAUCUAGACUGAAACUAGUAUAAUUUUUUGGAUCUGUUUUGGUAACUUACUUUUUAAAUAAUUCAUAAACAUGAUUACAAA